CCUUCUUCCGGGAUACAAUCACACACAGCAACGGUAACCAGAGGCUUAGGCAGAAGCAUGUGGAAUCAGCUGACUGACGAUAUGCAAGUUCAAUUGCGAGCGACUGAAACUCAGCUGAGACACACUUUUAGCCGCUUGGAUGUCGAGACACAGCAGAAGCUUGAAGCAGAAAAUUUGGUUUCGGCUUUGGAGAAGGAGAUCCGUCAACUGGAAGACACGUUUCGGCAGAAGGCGGAGGUACUCUGAUUUUGUUUCCGUGCUUCGGCUUAACUCAUAAUUCCAUGAUCGAUCGGGAAAUCAUACUGCUGCGGUCUACUUCCUUCCGCUUAGCUUUAUCCACACUGACCGGAGUUUCGCUUCUUAGGGCAGGUUCCUUCACUUUCUUCACUUAUACUUCUCACGUGAUUUUUCUUGUUCUUCAUCAUGAUCACUCUCAUCCUAUUUUCAACAGGGAACUAACUUCGAGAAAUGGG